AAUGUCAGAUAGCGAAAAUGAAUAAUAAAGAAAGGUUGUCCUCCCUUAAAUAAUAAUGAAUGUCUAUGAUACUCAAUAUUAAGUGGUUCGUUAUGUGGGAUAAGAAAUACUCAAAUGGAAAUUGAUUGCAGAACCAGAAUCAUGGGAUUGGGAUGUUUAUUGGACUGAUUCUGGAGUCCAUGCAGAAAUGUUGAGCAAAAUGAAAUGUAUUAUUUAAAUUAAUAAUGGUUUAGAGCACUAGAAGGUUAAUCAUUUCCCAGGGAUGUACAUAUUGGCCAGAAAAAAUAAUCUCGGAAAAUAAUUAACCAAGAUGCGCCGACGAUUUCCUAAGGAAUUCAAAUUCUUUCCUUAUACGUGGAUGCUCCCAUCUGAUUCUUAAGACUUAAGGGAAUAUAUGAAGGGGAAGGGAAGAGAUGAGAUUUUAAUAGUUAAGCCUGAAGCAUCAUGUUAAGGGAGAGGUAAGAAUUAAUUGGUAAAGUUUAGGUAUUUUCUUAACCAAAUCUCUUGACUUUAUUAGUCCAGCAGAGAGAUACGUUGUGUAAAAGUAUUUGGGUGAUCCCUUUUUAAUUGACGGUUUGAAAUUUGAUUUUAGAAUAUAUGUACUUGUUGCUGGAUGCGAUCCCUUGAGAAUAUUUAUAUACACUGAAGGAUUGGCAAGAUUUGCAACUGAAAAGUACAUGCCUCCACAUCCAUCUAAUUUUGAUGAUCUCUGUAUGCACUUGACUAAUUAUGCUAUUAACAAAAAUAACGAAAACUUUGUAUUUAAUGAGGAUGUCUAGAGAAUGGAUGUUGGCCACAAGAGAAGUAUGUCAAGUGUUUUUGAAAAAUUAAAAUAGGAAGGCAGAGACAUUGAUCAAUUGUGGAUGGAUAUCAAAUAAAUCAUAAUAAAAACUCUUUGUUCUGCUCAACCUUUUCUUAAACAUCAAUAUACUACUAGUCAGCCGAAUAAUCUUAUGAAUAACAUGUGCUUUGAAAUUUUGGGAUUCGAUAUUAUUUUGGACAAUUCGUUCACGUAAUUAAUAUCAACUAUUUUAGGCCUAUUUUAUUAGAAAUCAAUCAUAGUCCUUCAUUUACGACUGACUCUCCUUUAGAUCAAUACAUCAAGGCUAAUUUAAUUGAAGACACACUAGUGUUGAUGAAUGUAAACAGAGAAGAGAAGUACAGACUGAUGUAUGUUUAAAUUCUUAUUAAGAUAGGAGAAGCACCAAGAAAUGCAAAAACGUAUUUUAACAGGGAGAAAUAUCAGAAUGACAUAAGAGGAUAGAAAGGCGAUUGUGGAAUAAUAUCAAUUGAUUCGAGAUGCGUAUGAGGAUGAACAUCUAGGGGGAUUCGAGAAGAUUUAUCCAUGCGAUGAGGAGUAUGAGACAGAUUAUUAUACCUAAUUUCUGAAUUAUGCUAGUGACAUCUUUGAAGAAUCAACUGGUAAUUGUGAAACAUUUAAGUAAGGUACAAAAAAGAUAUAAUUGCCUCCAAGUAGAAAAAUUACUGGAAGUCCACAAAAAUCCAUAAAACAUGAUGCUGCUAAAAUCUAUGCUCAACCUUUAAGAGUAGUUGUUUAAUCAUAACAGGUCUAAUCAAGGAAAACUAAAUAACAUACUUUAUUAUACAAGUCUAUGAUCUAAUCAUAGAUUUAAUAGGAACAACGAAAAAUAUAGAUCAUGAUGAAAUAGAGGGAAUAACUUCAAUAAAAAUAAAAAUAUAUUUAAUGA